UUGGGCUUCAUUCACUCCUGUCACUGAUGGCACUAAGGGAAAUAGUCUGGUUUGUCUUUCAGAUCCUAGAUUGUGUUCCAGGACAAAUGCAAUCAGGAAAACAAAUGUGUAGUUCACUUCUGCUUUGAUCACACUUAAUCAGAGCAGUGAUAGUGGUAGCUGUGCCAGGUGCUCUGAGAAGGAAUUGAUGUUGUAAACCACGCUGCCCUUCAAGAGGGUUUAGACAGGUCUGGAUCUUAGAGAAUCAUUUCCCUGGACUGUCAUGGACUUUUAACAAAAUGAAUUGAACCGUCAAUGAACAUGCUAAUGAACAUGCAGCUCAGUUUUGGGAAUGUAAAUCAGCUGGCAAAACACCUGCCAAAUCAAGUGUCUUAUCCUAACGUAAUGGGUGACUAAAUACACAUUCCCAUGCUGGAGAUUUAAAUAAUCCUUCAGAGCACCGUGAGAGUACCAGAGGCUUUGGCAGACAGAGGAAAACCUACGAAAGAGGAUGAACAAGCUGCAGAGACUGCUUCAGAACAAGAUCCUGAUCCUGACAAUAUGUGCUGCUGGGAUUGGAGGCACCUUCCAGUAUGGUUACAACAUCUCCAUCAUCAAUGCCCCGGCCUCAUACAUCCAGGUGUUCAUGAACACGACGUGGCUGGAGCGCAUGGGCGUUCCCCUGGAGAGCAGCAUGGUCCUGCUGCUCUGGUCCUUCACCGUCUCUGCCUACCCCCUGGGGGGCCUCACCGGGGCCGUGGUUGCUGGGCCCAUGGCCAUCAUGCUGGGCAGGAAGAUGUCCCUGCUGCUGAACAACGGCUUUGUGAUCAUAGCUGCAGCCUUGUCGGGGUGCAGCCGAAUGGCCAAAUCCUUUGAAAUGAUUAUGCUCAGCAGAUUUUUUACCGGCGUGAACGCAGGUGUGAGCAUGAACAUUCAGCCCAUGUAUCUGGCAGAGAGCGCCCCAAAGAAGCUCAGAGGAGCUGUGGCCUUGACCUCUGCAUCAUUUACAGCCCUGGGGCUGGUGCUGGGGCAGGUUGUUGGGCUCAGGGAGCUCCUAGGAGGGGAGGAGAGCUGGCCAUUCCUUCUAGCAAGCAAUGUGGUUCCUGCCCUGAUCCAGCUCACAGCUCUGCCUUGGUUCCCUGAAAGUCCCAGAUAUCUCUUGAUUGACCGUGGAGACAAAGAAUCCUGUAUCUCUGCACUGCAGAAGCUCAGAGGCACCAGCGACCUGAGUGCAGAGCUGGAAGAGAUGCUGGCAGAGCAGGCUGCUGUGAAAGGCCAGAGAGCAAAGAACCCGUGGGAGCUGUUCCAGAACGCAGCCGUGCGGCGGCAGCUGGUGAGCGUCGUGGUGCUGAGCAGCGCCAUGCAGCUCUGCGGCAACGACUCGAUGUAUUUUUAUGCAGCUUAUGUGUUCCAAGAGGCUGGAAUUCCUGAGGACAAAAUCCCCUAUGUUGUAAUCGGCACAGGAAGCUGUGAGCUGAUCACAUCUGUCACUUGUAACAUGAUCAUAGACUAUGCUGGUCGGAGGCCUCUGCUGCUGGGGGGAUACAUCUUCAUGGCAGGAUGGGCCAUUGUCUUCAUGGUCGCUCUGAGCCAGCAGACUCAGAUUAGCUGGAUGCCUUAUCUCAGCAUGGCCUGCAUUUUCGCCUAUAUCCUGAGCUUUGGAAUCGGACCAGCUGGUGUAACAGGAGUUCUGCCCACAGAGGUUUUUGAUCAAAUGUCCCGACCAGCUGCUUACAUGAUCUGUGGCUCCCUGCUCUGGUUCAACCUGUUUCUGGUGGGAACAGCCUUUCCAUUCAUUGUGAAAAGUCUAGCACAUUUCUGCUACAUCCCAUUCCUUGUGGUCUGUGUCUGCACUGCCCUCUACGUUUGGUUUUUCCUUCCUGAGACAAAGGGAAAAUCCUUCCUGGAAAUCUCGGAGGAGUUCAGGAAACGGAACUUCAAAGCUAAGACCCGUGGAGGUUUCUAUAAAGGCCCUGAGGAGAUCAAAACCACCACAUUGUAGCAGAAGAAAGGAAGAUGGUAUCUGGGAGGAUUCUGCAGUGAAUUCAGCAGUGGCUGUGUGCCCUUGCAGGGACACAAAGAGAGAAGUUAGGGUCAAUGUAUUACUCUUGGGUUCUUAAGUUCACCUUGAAAACAUAAAUUUGAACUGAUAAAUCCAAGCAAAAGUUCAAUAAUCUGUUCUCAGCUUUUAGUACUGAGUAACACAUGCAUAUUUUAGAAUGCAUAUCUGAGAGUGACAGAAUGAUGCCUUAUUCUCUUAUCGUCAUACAACACCAUGUAAUGCUUUAGAAAAUUUCUUCAGAAUUUCUCCAAACAGUAACUUCCAUCUCAGAAGUCCUUCUUUCCUUGCCCCUGAAUCUGGGCUUUCUAACACAGAAAUUAAUGCGAUUAAAUUCUGUUUUCAGACACCAGAUGAAAUUUUCAGUACCUUGUCUUGGUGCUCCCGUUAUUUCUGUUAUUAAGUGAUUUCAAAUAGACCCCUGCUUGUUAAGCAAUAGUGAGCAGUUAAUUAUUUUCAGCUAUAAAAACAUGUGACAGAUGGAUUAGAAAGAAAUCUUCUAGUACUUGCUAAGUGGCUUAUUAUACAACAGACUUUUGGGCAUUGUUUUGCAGACUAUUUAUUCUGGACUGGUUUUCUUCAUGGCUUGUUUGUUGUCUUCCAGUCCUAUGUUGUAAAGCACAAGUAAUUCUCUGGUCCAGUUUGUCCUGCUCCCACGGCCGCUGCUGGUGCCUCUUGCAGGGUUCUGCCCCUGUGCUGUGCUGAGGUUAAGUGUGGUGAGGAGGUGCCACGGCAGCAGCUUCAGGUCACACCACAAUGUUCUCUGCAGCACGUCCGUGCUGUCUCUGCAGAGCACGUUGGUAAAGACCCAGAUGUGAGAUUGAUUCUUUUCAGUUAACCUGAUACAGAGCAGGGCAACACUCCUCACUGAACGUGGCCUUUCACAGGCUUUGCCUUGACUGUUACAUUUCUCCCAGUUUCUUCUCAAAGUCAUAAUCAAGCCACCUCUUUUCUUUUGACUUUGUAUGGAAGGCACAGCGCUGCUCAUGUUUACAACAAUUACAUUUUCAAAAUAAGUAGGUAAAGUUUCUUUCAGUGUAUUUUUAAACUACAUUUUAAAGAAAAAUGCAGCAUUUUUGAAUAAAAAGACUGCACAAAUUUCUGGAGUGUAUUAGUGUCAUGCUGGGCAUGAGUGGAGCAGCAAAUCUAUUUCUCAGAAGAGGAUUCUGUGCAACAACUCUUUCACUACCCAAAGUUUAUAACAUAUGAAAAACAAAAGUAAACUUUUUUCCGUUGUGGUUGGUGCUGUUUUAAAAGUCAUUAAUAUAUAGACAUGGGAAAGAGCAGCUAGCUCUGCUCUUGGAAAACACUGAGAUUUUGAAGUAUGCAGGAUUUUGAGACAAGACAAUCAAGAGCAGGACUCCACAGAAUUGGGAACUGAAGAGAUAAUUUACAUUACUAUAGUUUGGAGAGAGCAGUGAGGAGCAGAUGGAAAGAGUGAAAAACAAACUGAAAGCAAAAUUGCCACUACCAUCAUGAUGGUGGAAAAAUAUUCUGUAAUUCCUUUGUGAGGACCAGAGGAAGGACAAGAGAAAAAAGUGGAGCACAGAGUGAAGAAGGGCAAGGGGUCAGUGGGGAGCAUGCAGGGUAGGAAGCAGGGAUGGACUGAGCAGACUGCCUGGGCAGAGGGAGAGGCUGGAGCGUACAGAUCAGAGAAGGCAGAAGUCCUCCAGUGUCCAGAGGUCCUCCCUUUGGCCACUUCUGUUGCCACUCCCAUGAGUCAGGACUGUGCCUUUUCCUAGAGCCCUGCAAGGGCAGAGCCAUCUGCACCUGGCAGUAUGAAACAGGCUUGGUCAGAAAUUAUACCCAUUUACACGUUUACUUGACUUCCUGACUUUUAGAGGCAGUCCUGUGAGUACAUCUGGCAGAAAACAUUAAUUCCAACUUUCAGCAUUUUUUUCUGACUGUGGCCUGAAAUCAGAGGUCUAUAAACUGAUUAAGCAAACACAAACAGUGGUUACAUUUCAGUUGGUCUAUGUUGUUAAAUUUUAAUUGAAGCAUUUAACAAGUUGGUUAAUUGAUACUGAAUUAAAACACCUUCAGCUGAGAAAUCUAUGACACUUGUUCACAUUUUCUUAUAUAAAGUGUUAGGCAAAACCACAUUUUGAAGUGAUCCUCACAGACUCACAGUUGAUAUUACUGUUUGCAAAUCAAAUAAUUGUGCACUGUUGGAUUGAUUAAUAACCAUCAACACUAGGGAAAACUACUAUUGCUGCUGUCCUCAAACACUGCUCCCCUGCACAAGCCAGCUCUCACUUGCAGCCAGCUGGUGUUGGGGUUCUUCCAAAGAAACACAGCAUCCUAGCCUGGGGAAACACCAAGGGCAGCCACUCACCAGGAGAAGGAAUUCCCCCCUAAGCUGUUUGAAUAAUUUGUAAAAGCCUUUUAACAGAACCAUCUUGGACACUGCCCUUCAAAAAUUGUGGAUAAAACUAAAGAUUUUACAGUCAGGGUUUAAAACUGACAUUAAACUUCCCUAGCAUCUGCCAUAUUUUAUAGGGAUACAGAGCUGAACUUUCAGCCAAUGACCAUUACUCUUUAGGAGUCAGUUGGUCAGUCAGCUGGUAACAGCAGGGUGCACAGGCAUUGUCUGUCUUGGCCAAGUAGGGCUUUAAAGGCUUUUCUGGAUUCAGGCUCAAGGUAGCAGUCAGGAACUUUCCCUUUGGAUGUGAUGACUGAUUACCCAGCCUAAUGGGGAGUCCAAGCCAGCCCACUCCAGUUUGCACCAGUCCUUGGACUUUGACUUCCAUCAUGCUUUCCUCCUUGUCCUUUGCUCAUCUCCCACAGCUCCUACUGUCCCCAGCUGCUGCCAGAGCCCUGCCAGGAGCACACAGCUCACCAGCUAUCCUCAGCUGCAUCAGUAACACACACAACAAAACAAACCACACAGCAAGAGCUUCAUAAAAACCAAAGGGAGCACUAACACUGCAAAAGGACAAAAUUGUUGCAGUAAGGUAGAAAAAUCAUAGAGAAAGUCUUCAUAAAACCAAGUCUGCUCUCCUGGAAUCAGCGGCUGGCCUUGUCAAAGCCAGCAUUUUCCAGAUUCCCAUGUGAAAGGAAUCCUGUUGUGAGCAAUUAGUUAACAUAACAAUCUAUUCCUGGGUAAAAAAAAAAUAACUUACACUUGCAUAAACUGUUUUUGCAUUCAUUAGAAAACUGAAAACUAACUUUCACAAACAACUGUCCUUGCACAUAGGCACCAAGAGUUUGAGUGAUCAAUCAAUAGAGAACAACAACUGGUUACUAACCAAUAAAGUAAUUGUCAAGAAAACUACCAACCAAUUGGAGUCCCACACGAGGUCUGUAAAACUGUAUAAAAAGGAGUUAUGUGAAUAAAGAAUGGC